UGUGAGUACGAGGACAGCAUUGAGUUUCAAAGUAAAGAUGGCAGCUUCCAAGUAUGUCUCCGCGCCACCAUUCCCUGUUAUGCCUUGGAGGUGCCUGACUCUGUGCUGCUGCCACUCUGUGCUGUUCAACACUCCUCCCAUACCACUUUCCAACUUAAAAAUGCAAGUAAACUCCAGACAUGUUUCCAAUGGGUGUGUGCAGCACCGUUCCAGCUGAGCCCUGAGCAUGGCCUGUUGAACCCCAGCCAGGAGUGUCACAUCACUGUGGUCUUCAGGCCACAAGAAGCACUGGUGUACCAGCAGCAGGCCUAUUGCAGGUUCGGAGAGGAAGGGGACAAAGCAGGGAGCUGCUGCACUGUGCUGCUGCAGGCACUAGCCAAAUACCCAUGUCUUCAGCUGAGAUCAAGCUACCAAGGAGAAAAAGAACACGGGGGUUCAGUGCUGCACUUUGGUUCUGUGGCAGUUGGCCAGUGUUUGCAGAAACACUUUGAUAUCUUCAACCCCUCUCCUGUGACUGCAUCUUUCUCUCUGUCACGACUGUCUGGCAGGGUGCCUUUGUUUGGGUCAGAGUUCACUUGUGAUGACAAGGGUAAUGUGGCACCUGGUGAAUCACUACAAGUUACAGUCACCUAUUCUCCUGCUGUGGUGGAAACUGUAUCUGUCGAGUACUUAUCUCUAAAAUGCAGAGGGGCACUUAAUGAAACCCUGCUCAAACUCACUGGAAGCUGUAUAGGUCCCAAAGUUUCCUUGUCCACCUCUGUGGUGGACUUCGGCUGUGUUGAGGAAGGAGGGGCAGUCAUACAGACAAUGGAGCUGGUUAAUUCUUCGUCUGUUGAGACCAUCUACCAAUGGGACCUUGACUGUAGUGGGCACAGUGUGUUCAGUAUCCAGCCAGCAAGUGGCACUGUACACCCACAUAGCCAUACAACACUGAAGGCAGUCUAUAGGCCCUCAUCCCACUGCAACCACAGGAGAGUGGCAUGUCUCAUACUGCACAGGGACCCUCUGUUCAUUGACCUGAUUGGUACCUGUCACUCAGAGCUUCAGCAGCCAGCCAUACUGAAACCUGAACACUUGGUUUUGUACAAGCUUCACUGGUCCCGCAGACAGAACCCACCAGACACAGUCAGUGCCAUGAUGCAAGAUCAUAAUGUACACUUGGAUCAGCAGGCAGUGCACACCACCCUGGAGGAGGUAGAGUACCACAGAGAGCUGUCAAACCAAGAACUGGACAGUGCUACUGUUGUAUUGAGAACUCCCAUGGAGGAAUUCUUCCAAUCUUGCUUGGGCCUGGUGUGGACUGUUGCCAGAGACUCUCCAUUUACAGUUUCUCCCUCAUCAUGUGACCUGGGACCACUGAAGUCCACUUCAUUCAGAGUGACCUAUGACCCCAAACAGCUCAACACUUUGCACGGAGCACAACUUGAGUGCUUUGCAUACGAUAAAAUGGAUAAUCAUCACAUCAGUCAGCAGCUGCUGUGUCCACCCUGGUGUGUGACUGUCAGAGUCAUUGGCCACUCUUUUCAGCCUGGCAAAGAGCACUUCAUCCCAUGCUGCUCUCUGAAGUCCCCUCAAGUGUGUAAGGGAAAUUUGCUCCUCCAGAAUGGUGGAGACCUGCCCCUCACUUUCUGUCUGAACCGCAGCUCAGACCCUAUUCUGGCAGAAUCAGUGUGUGUAAUUCCAAACUGUGGUCUGAUCCAGCCUGGGCAUCACCAGAUCCUCACCCUCAGAACUACUCCAACAGAGGACAGUCCCAAAAGGGGGUUCAGUUUACAGCUGCAGCUCAAUGCAGCUAAACACACACAAAGGUACUAUACUGAACUGACAGUUGUGAGUGCUGUGGAAAAGCUGUGUGUGUCUUUGGAAGGAGAUGGCAGUUUAUAUUUUCAGCCAACAGCAGUGGGCUCACAGACACAACGCUCCCACCAGAUCAGGAAUCUCAGCAGUGUACCCCUAUGGUUCCAGUGGAGCAUUCCAGAGCCAGACCAGGAGCUUAUCUUUGUAGAACCAGAUGCUGGUGAACUGUAUCCCAAUGAAAUCUCAGUCCAGACAUGGUCCUUCAGUCCACUGGCAGAGAGAGCAUACACACUCAAACCUACUCUUACCUUCUGGCCAAUCCAGACUGAUGGAUGUAACAAGUCACACCUCACCCUUAAAGUGAUGGGAAUGGGCUGCACGGGCUUCAUAGAGGCAGAAAAACCAGUUCUGGAUGUAGAGGAGACUCUAGUUGGAAGUUAUCGGUCAAUUGAAGUUCCCCUGGUGAACAACAGCCCCUGUCCUGUGUCCUUUUGUCUCUCUGUACAGCAGAUACUUCUGGAUGAGGAACUUAUUUAUGAUCCAGACACUGAGCCUAGUGCUCUACAGCUGGACUGUGAGAGGGGAACCAUCGCCUCACACUCCACAAUGAUGCUGCGAUCUACUGUGAGACCAUACAGGCGAGCCCAGUACUUGUGGAAAAUCAGCUACCACACUUUGAAUGCCAGUGGGUUUGUGUUAUCCUCUCCUCAGGCACUAUGUGAAGUGCGAGCUAAGGGUGUGUUUCCCACCCUACAGGUGACUGAUGUGUGCAGUGGUGGCAGUGUGAGCACACUCAGCAAGGUGCAUCUAUGGAAACUCUUCUCAUUGGACAGCCUCAACAUGCACCUGUUAUCCAGCCCCUCCUCUGCAGAACUCACCUAUGGAACCCCCACCAGGCACAGUCUGCGCAGUUGUCCCUCCAUUUUCACCAAAGCUGUGUUGGAUUUCAACUUUAGUGCCGCUCCCGUGAAUUCAGACCCCUCAGCUUUUGUGCUGAUGUUUCACAACCCUGGUUCCAUCCCUGUUGAUUGGGCAUUCCUGUUUCCAGAGGACCAACAGAUAGAGUUGGAGUACUGGGCAGAAACAGGAGAGUUCAGCAGCACUGAGCUGUACCAGAUGAAGGUUCAAGACAAUCGCGUGUUCAGCAUUUCUCCUCGUUCUGGAACUCUGCACCCAGGCCAGCAGAGGGCAGUACGUUUCAGCUACAGCCAUGACUUUGCUGGGACGGAUCGGUUUCCUGUUGUGUUCAAACUCUCUUAUGGCAGAGAGAUCUUGCUUAACUUCCAGGGGGUGACAGUGGAGAGAGACAGACCAUAUCUCCAUUUUGCCUCCAAUCAACAUGUGUUCACCUCUGUAACUAUCGGGGACUGCAGUCCUCCGAGGCAGGUGUAUGAAUUACACAAUGCUGGUGCAGUUCCAGUCCGUUAUAAAGUGGACACAGCCGUGUUGUCACAGCUUCAGAUGGACAACUUUAACCAUCCAGCGCUGUGCUGCCUCAGUCCAGAGGGAGAGGUCCCUCCUGGGAAGACAGCUGCGUUGGAAUGGAUCUUUUCUCCACUGGAGGCUAAGAUGUAUCAUAUCGAUAUUCCUGUCCACAUCCAGGAUGGGGACUCGACACUGGUGAGGUUUGAGGGAUGUGGGUUUGAUACUGCAACAAUGAUCUCCUCAAACCCAUUUAACUGCAGUGAUACUAAGGGAUCCGUACCCUGUGCCCAGAGGGUGCCCUUCCCAGGACAGGUGGUAUUCCUGUCUGAGGACAGUGUGUCUCUUGGUGACUUUCCUGUGUGCUCACAGUCUUCAAGAAUCCUCUUCCUCACCAAUGUGUCUCACACAGACACUGUCCACUAUACAUGGGACCUGCCACAGCAGGGCAACCAGCAGGUGGUGCAGAUCCAUCCAGAGCGAGGCAGCCUGUGUCCAGGGGAGUGUACUCUUUGUGUCCUUACCUUCACUUCUACUGACUACCCCACCAUUUAUCGGCUAGAUCUCAUCUGUCAGGUUAUUCAGGAAUCUGCACUGAAUCUGUAUCGUGAAGCUUUGCAACGCUUGGAGGAGGAGAAAGAGAGACAGCAAGAUGAAUUCACUAUCACAGACAGGAACCUUUCAGAAAGCCAAGGAGAUCUGAUACAUAAGGAACCUGUAGCAGCUCCAGUAAGAAAAGGGCCACCGCUCAGGAAAUAUAAGACUCUUCCUCCUAUCUGUGCCAGCAGUAGCAGUGAAACAGUGGGCACUAUAUGUACUAAGCUAACAAGAGCUGAGCGGCGCGCACGCCGAGAAACACCAAGAGUACGGAGGCAGCCUGAACCACCCCAACCUGCUCUGUUGCACCUGGAAGUUACUGCACACUCCCACGGGCUUCUGGAAUACCUCAUGCACUUUCCUGUCCAGUUCAAUAAGCUUUAUAGGUGCCUCCACUCAGUCAAGCACAGGAACCCUGAAACCACUUCAAGAACCUCCCUUUCUGUUGGGCUGCCUCCACUAACACAUGGCCCUGAGAAAGACAUCCCCAUGCAUGUACUCACUUCUCUGCUAAGGGACAUACUUGAUGAUUCAGCUUUUGCCCAGUCUCUGAUUACUUUAGCUUCAAAACCCAUCACCUACCAGCCAACAAAAUCCUCUAACUCCACCCCUGUCUGUCCCGCAUCAUCCUCUUCCCCUCAAGUGUUGUUGGACGGGACAAAGGCUGGAUUGAGUGAAGAGCACACCACAGAGGACAGGGAGGGGACUGGAGGAUGUUCAGGAAACAUGCAACACACUGAACAUGUGCCCGCUGACAUGAGCGAAGGUGUUUUGCUGAACACCCUCCAGAACCUGAUGAUGGAAGCUAUCAGUGGAGAGCUUGUCCUUACAGCUCACCCACGCACAGUUAUCUUGCCACCUGUUUCUACCAGAACCAAGAGGAUGUCCAGAGCCAUGGUUGAGGUGGAGAAACGCAAAAACGAACCAGUGGAGUAAUUUGAAGCCUUGCCAUCUACCCAUCAUCCCAGAGGCACAUGUCUCUCCAUUGUUGUCAUGGAAAUUGUGCUUAACACACAUCAGCUGUCUUCUUUCCCCUGUUCAGGUUGCCCUGACAUAUGAUUUGUGCCUCUUCUGUAUCCCUCUGAGUCCCAUCUAUUGUUUUCUUUCCUUUGUGCAGUUUUAUUCAUGUGUUUUUCCUUCCAAGCUUGGCAUGUCUCUGCAGUCACUUUGUUUCAUCUCGCUUUCUUGUGAUGAUGAGACUACUGACUCCUCCAUAAAUAUUUCAUAAAUGAGGUUACAGUUAUAUGAAGUCAUUACCAAAGGAUUGGGCAUCAAUAAAAGAGAGCUUCUGACUCCAAAAACAUCAUCAUCUGAUUGGUUUGAAUAGCAAGUUAAUGGGAAACAUGGAAAAUUCACAAUGUGGCAAUGAUUAGAAACAUACCCAGAGGCUACUUGACAGUGAUGUAUUGUAUACUAUGUUUUGUUUCCUUUUGUAUUUGUCUGACAUUCUGCAAGACUGCUGCAUGAAAACUGACAAGAUUAUGGCUGAGGAUACAAAAGGACACAAUAUAUAUUUAACAUAUUUAAAUGUGUCUUUGUCUGACUCAACCAUUCACAGAACAUUUGGA